GCUUUAUAAAAUGUCCCAUAACUCGCUCUGUGUUCCUGGCCUUGACUUGUGCUAUCCCUGUUUGUAUCUCUUCAUUUCAGAAACAGCUAGAAACUGAGAAGCAGAAGAUUGUGUCUGAAUUUCAGCAACUGAGCCAGUUUCUGGAGGAACAAGAGCAACUCCUGUUGGCCCAGUUGAAAGAACUGAUUAAGGAAAUUGAAAAGAGGAGGGAUGAAUAUGUUGCCAAACUAUCUGAGGAACUAUCCUCUUUCAGUUCCCUGAUCAAUGAGAUGGAGCAGAAGUGCCAGCUGCCAGCAAGUGAAUUCCUGCAGGACAUCAAAGGCACCUUGAGCAGAUGCGAGAGGGAGAAGUUUCAGAAGCCAGAGGCCUUUUCUUCUGAACUGAAACGGAGAAUCUGGGAAUCUUCUCAAAUAAAUGCAUCUCUGGAGACCAGAAUGAAGAAAUUCAAAGACUCUCUGUCGUCUAAACCUCAGUGGGACAAAGUGAAUGUGACUCUGGAUCCAGACACGGCCCAUCUCGACCUCAUCGUGUCUCCAGGUCGGAAAAGUGCAAGAUGGAAAGACACAGGGCAGACUCGUCCCCAAAACCCUGAGAGAUUUGACACUAUGUGCUGUGUGCUGGGCUGUGAAGGAUUCACCUCGGGUAGACAUACCUGGGAGGUGGAGAUGGAGGGGAGGGGAUUCUGGGCUGUGGGGGUGGCCAGAGCGUCUGUGAGGAGGAAGGGAGGGAUCAGCUUUACCCCUGAGCAGGGGAUCUGGGCUGUGAUUUGCAGUGAGGAUCAGUACUGGGCUCACACAUCCCCUGAGCAGAGCAUCCCCUUGUCCCCGAGCCGGGGACCCUGCAGGAUCCGGGUUUAUCUGGACUAUGAACGGGGGCAGGUGGCGUUUUUCGAUGCUAGUCGCAGGUACCCGAUCGUCACUUUCCCGCCGGCUUCUUUCGCCGGGGAGAGAAUCCGCCCGUUCUUCCGGCCUGGUGUUAGUGUGCGGCUCCUCUAGCCCCCACCCCCCUGAUCUCUAUGACCUGGAGGACUCAGCCAGUCCCCCUCCACACAGACAGGGCUGAAGGGGGGGUGACGCUCUACCUGUAGCUCUAUGGCUGUGGAGGUCUGUGUGAGGCGCUCUAGGCUGGGUCUCUAUGCUCCUGGGAGGCCAACGCUGUGUGGAGUCAGGGGAGUCCCACCAAGGAAGGAGGGAGCCCCCCUGUGGGAGGGACCUAGCUGAGGGCCAGGAAGAGACCCCUCAACUGGGGGGAGGAGAGAGCAGGGGGGAGGCCUGGCUGAAGAGGCUAG